AGUCGUAUGUCUCACCAACGAAUUAAUACUCUGAAGUGUAAACAAAUGGCUAGUUUGUAUAUGGCGUCUGCUCUUAUUUACCGAAAUGCUAUUACCCAUAAUAAUAACUUUCGUCUUCAACGCUACAUAUGCCGAUCCAUGACAAAAACGACGCCCGAUGAUGUUUCUGUUGAUGUCCUCCGUCGACGCUCCGGCAACUAUCAGCCUUCUCCUUGGGACCAUCGCUAUCUCCUCUCUAUCAAUAAUGAAUAUGCGAAAGAAGAGAAAGUGAAAGCUAGAGAUUUGUUGAAGGAAAAGGUGAGGAAGAUGCUUGAUGCCGAGACUAAGAGUCGUCUCGAGCAAUUAGAGCUCAUCGACGAUUUGCAGAAACUUGGGGUUUCAUAUCAUUUUGAGAUAGAAAUAGAUAAUAUUCUAAUGGAUUUUCAUCAUCAAAAUGGAAGAAGCGUCUGGACAUGUGAUCAUGAAGAAGAUUUACAAGCAACCGCACUCGAAUUCCGACUUCUUAGACAACAUGGUUUUGAUGUAUCAGAAGAUAUAUUUGAUGUGAUAGUCGACAAAAUUGAAAGUGAUACGUUCAAGAGUGACAAUAUAAAUAGUAUCAUCUCUUUGUACGAAGCGUCAUAUCUCUCCACAAAAUCGGAUUCUAAAAUGCAUGAUAUUAUAAGACCAUUUGCAACAGAACAAAUAAGAAAAACUGUUGGUGAUGAAACUUGCAACCUUGAGGUGCGUGAGAAGGCGAUUCAUGCGCUAGAAAUGCCGUACCAUUGGAGAGUGAGAAGGCUAGAAACGAGAUGGUACAUAGAUGCGUAUAAGAAGAAACAUGUCACGAAUCUUGUCUUGAUCGAAUUUGCCAAAAUCGAUUUCAAUAUCGUACAAAUUGCUCAUCAAGAAGAUCUUAAAUAUGUCUCAAGGUGGUGGAAGGAAACAUGUUUCGCUGACCAACUUCCUUUUGUAAGAGACAGAAUAGUCGAGAAUUAUUUUUGGACCGUUGGAUUAAUUUAUGAACCUCAAUUUGGAAAUAUACGACGGAUCAUGACUAUAGUUAAUGCACUUGUUACAACGAUUGACGACAUUUACGAUAUAUAUGGUACUCUUGAAGAGCUUGAACUUUUCACUGCCAUGGUUGAUAAUUGGGAUGUAAAUCGUCUCGAAGAUCUCCCCGAGUACAUGAGGUUGUGUUUUCUUACUCUGUUCAAUGAAAUCAACAGCAUUGGAUGUGACAUUCUCAAAUAUAAAAAUAUUGACGUCAUCCCUUUUCUUAGAAAAUCGUGGGCAGAUUUAUGUAAUGCAUAUUUAGUUGAAGCAAAGUGGUACAAAAAAGGAUACAAACCAAGCGUGGAAGAAUACAUCCAAAAUGCUUGGAUUUCAAUUUCUGCUCCAACAAUAUUGAUUCACUUUUACUGCAUUUUCUCUGACCAAAUAUCGGUUCAAAUCUUGGAGAGUCUGUCACAACACAGUCAAGAAAUUGUCCGAUGCUCGGCCACCAUCCUUCGUCUGGCUAAUGACCUUGGAACCUCGCCGGAUGAAUUGGCGAGAGGAGACGUUCUCAAAUCGGCCCAAUGUUACAUGCACGAGACGGGAGCAUCGGAGGAAGAGGCACACGCACACGUGCAGCAGAUGAUCUGUGAGACGUGGGAUGAAAUGAACUACGAAACAAAAACGGCACGGACUUCUUCGUUACUGUCUCGAGGUUUUAUGGAAGCCGCAGUGAACCUGGCACGCAUGUCGCAGUGCAUGUAUCAAUACGGCGAUGGUCAUGGUUGUCCCAACAAAGCGAAAACCGUUGAGCGUGUCAGGGCCUUGCUUGUUAAUCCAGUCCCGUUAGAUGGACUUGAAUAAAACUAACUUUCAUUUUCAAGCCAGUCUUACUUUAUGCAAUGGUUUAACUAAGCUUCGGGGAUUA